AUUUUCUUUUCUUCACCGACCCACAACUCCCCCCGCACCCACCCAGGCCAGCCAGCCAGUCGCACGACAGUCCAACGACGACGCCAACGACAGCGAGCAAGGCCACCCUCGACGCCCUGUUGCCCCAAAAAGUAGCGCCGAACCCAACCACAGCAAAAACAGUCCAACCUCUGUCUCCCGCGCUUUCUUCCCCAGUCACCCCCACCUGCCCAGCAUACCACAAUCACACAUACUAGCCUUUAUUACGACCUCCACCUCGCUGCACCCAACUCAUGGCGGACUCGACGACAGAGAUCGAUUUGGACUCGGUAAUUGACCGUUUGUUAGAAGUUCGGGGCAACCGACCCGGCAAGGCCGUCCAGCUCCAAGAAUACGAAAUCAAGUACCUUUGCACAAAGGCACGAGAAAUCUUCAUUAAUCAACCUAUCUUACUGGAACUAGAAGCACCUAUAAAGAUUUGUGGUGACAUUCAUGGCCAAUAUUACGAUCUUCUACGUCUUUUCGAGUACGGAGGGUUCCCCCCAGAGGCCAACUACCUCUUCCUUGGCGACUACGUCGACCGUGGCAAGCAGUCGCUCGAGACCAUCUGCCUUCUCCUCGCCUACAAGAUCAAGUAUCCCGAAAACUUCUUCAUCCUCCGCGGCAACCAUGAGUGCGCCAGCAUAAACCGGAUUUACGGUUUCUAUGACGAAUGCAAGCGUCGAUACAACAUCAAGCUGUGGAAGACGUUCACGGACUGCUUCAACUGCCUUCCGAUUGCGGCCAUCAUCGACGAGAAGAUCUUCACGAUGCACGGAGGACUGAGCCCUGAUUUGCAGUCGAUGGAGCAGAUACGGAGAGUCAUGCGGCCGACGGACGUGCCAGACACCGGCCUGCUGUGUGACCUGCUGUGGUCCGACCCGGACAAGGAUAUCACUGGGUGGUCAGAGAACGACCGCGGCGUGUCGUUUACGUUCGGCCCAGACGUCGUAUCGAGAUUCUUGCAGAAGCACGAUAUGGACCUCAUUUGCCGAGCACAUCAGGUCGUCGAGGACGGCUACGAGUUCUUCGCGAAGCGGCAUCUAGUCACGCUCUUCUCGGCGCCAAACUACUGUGGAGAGUUCGACAACGCGGGUGCGAUGAUGAGUGUGGACGAGACAUUGCUCUGCUCGUUCCAGAUCCUGAAACCGGCCGAGAAGAAGAAGCAGUACCCGUACGGCGGGAUGAACGCCGGGAGACCUGUGACGCCACCGCGCAAACAGAAGAAGAAGGACGGCAAGAUGGGCUGAGCGAGUUGUGCACCCCCCUCCCCCACGGCGUCGGCGUUUCGUUUCUCACGAAACGCGUCCGCCGAGCCGAGUCGCGGGGCCCUCUUAUCGUUGUUGCCUUUGCUUUUGUCGUAAGGUGCUCGUCGGAGGCCCCGCGCACUUGCGCAUACCCUACAACCACAUCACAACACCCACUCACACUCACUCGAUCACUCACUUGUCUAUCUUUUCCUUUGUUUCUGUCUCGACUCUCCUUUUGUACUGUCCCGACGACUCUUAUUGUGCAAUCUGUGAUUAUUCUCUCUCUCUCUCUCUCCUCGGUAUCGGUUCACUUUAUUCCUCGUGGAUGGGCCUUCUCGUUUCUCGCGUUGGCAAGUUCGGCAAGUUUUGGCAAGGCAGCUACUAGGGGGACGGCGCGAGGCAGGCAGAUGGUCGGGUGCCGGUUUAGGCGCUCGUUGCGCAUGGCUUUUUGUGCUGCUUUCUUGCGCGUUGCGUUGUGUGUAUAUGCGUUGGGCUGGCUGGCUGUAGAUAGAAAGGCGGCAGCAGCAGCAGCGGUAGCGACGUCAGCGGGGCCACUUACUGACCAUGCUCGCAGGCGUCGCGAAGUGCGCAUGGUCUGGCUCGAGCGUCUGCCUCUCCUCUUUACUUGCCCUUUUAUUCGUGCCAUUCUGCAUGCUUAUCUGAUCUGCCUUGCGUUCUGGCUGCCAGAUGUAGCCCGCGCGGUCCUCCACGCUCAUCCCGUCCAUAUUCUCUUUCUCUUUGAUUCGUCAUAUAUAUCUAUUCCAGUAGGCCUUGGACUAAUAUCCCUGUGUACAAAUCUCUUUUUCCCCUCCUUUUUUCUUGGCUUGGUGUCGCUCUUUUGGUUCUCU